AUUGAACUGACUUUUUUUUUUUAUUCAAGCAAAAGUAUAAAUCAUGACUAAAUCAUCAUUCUGGAACACUGUCCGAAAGGCACUGACUGUCAACCCCAAAGUGUCUACUGGUAUGCCAGAUCCCAAGGAGUUCCGUUUUAUUGCACCUAGUGGUCAACCUCCAACUUUCGUCCCUAAUGAUCCAUUGGCGCACGACAUUGCACAGAACCCAUACUAUGGACGUGAUGUCAGGAGAAACUAUCCCCGUUUGACAGUGUACUCACAAGAAGAAGUUGCUGGACUAAUUGCUGCUAAGGAGUCAUUGGCCAUCGGUUCUGGAGAGUCAGCAGUUACAAAGACUGAAGAGAAUGCAUCUUUGACGGAGGUCAUCAAGAGUGUAAAAUCACCUCUUUAUGCUCCCGACAAUCUGCCCCCCACUCCUGUUCUCCGUAGCCGCAAAUACAAAUGGGUUUCUUCUCCUGAUCAACCUCCAGUUGAUAAUGGUACCUAUUGGACAAUGCGAAAUAUGAAGACUACUACUGUCUAAAAGUCAUAUAGCAGGCAUCCAUCAAUUUCGUAUCUCUCCUCUCCACUCUUUUUUUUAUUUUCUUUUUAUUUUAACUGUACUGUUUGGUCUGCCUUAUAUUUCGAAUGGAUUCUGCUUCCUGCACAAACUGGUGUAUAAGGCAAUGACUGCUAAUAAACGGGG